AAACCCGGAUGAAACAACUUCUUCUUCCUCUCCAGAUCUCUCUCUCUCUCUCUCUCUCUCUCUCUCCAUCUUUCUCUCUCUAAAACAUGUUGGGAAAGAAGAUAGUGUCGUUCAAAAAACUGGCCAAGAAAGUGAAGGUCAUGGGAGUCGCAGGGACGAUGGACAGAGAGCCGACAUCACAACACCGUGAGUGUCUUUUAGGGGAAUUCGAAGAAGAUGGCUCUCAAACGACAAAAACCCCAACUGGGUUUCUGGCCGUUUACGUUGGAGAUGAGAGACAAAGAUUUGUCGUUCCGACAAACUUUCUCUCUCAUCCGCUCUUCAAGAUGUUGCUGGAAAAAGCCUACAACGAGUUCGGGUUUCAGCAGAGGAAUGGCCUUGUCGUCCCAUGCAGUGUCUCGACGUUUCAAGAGGUCGUCAGUGCCGUCGAAUGUAGCAACGGUAAGUUCGACUUUGGAGAAAUUGUUGAGGAGUUUCUGUAAUUUGUAAAUUUUGUUGGGUAGAAUAGAGAUUACAGAAAGAUUUUUCUCUCUUUUUUUUUUUUUUUUUUAAUUAGUUCAAGGGACUGUUGUGGUUUUCUUUUGUGAA